AUGAGAUAAACAUAUGAUGAAUUGUUCUAUUUAAAUUAAAAUAGAAUUCUAAUUUUGAAAGGUCCAAAUUUGAUAACUUAUAAUCUUAGUGAAAAAAUAGAAGUAGAUUCAUCAAUAUAAAUUGAAAAAGGAGAAUAUAAUCAUUUCUCUAUAUAUAAUAAUGGAAAUGAACAAUAUCUAUUUUUUUUAACUAAAUAAAGUAUUAAUACUGAAUAGUAAUAAAAUGUAAGUCAAUACACUUUGAAAAUUUAUGACACUUAGAAAUUAGAAGUUUUAUAAGAGGUCAAAUUUUCAGCAUCUGUAAGAGCUUUAGUAGUAUCUCCAAUUAGCAGAACGAGAUGCUUUAUGAUGAACCCAAAUUCUCCUACAAAUAGAACUGUUUAAUUUAUAAUAUAUGAUGAAAAUUAAGUUUAGAGAAAGAUUAUUUAAGUAAAAGAGACAAAGAAUGAAUUAAGAGGAACUGUAAUUAAAGUUCUGAAUGUAAAAUAAUUAUUUUAAUAUUUAGUAUUAAGAUGAACUGAUUUUUAUAUAUAAUUCAAAUGGAGUUAGUAAAUAGUUUCUUCUCUUUUAUUGUAUAGAGAAUGGAAAUGAGAAUAUUCAUGAAAUUGAUUUAUAAUUUGCUUAUUAAAUUAGAGAUGCAUCAAUUAAAGAAAAUAUAAUUUUGAUUAGUUGUUUUAAUAGUUAAUUGAAUAGUGAAAAUGCUUUUUUCUAUGAUAUUUUGUAAAAGAAAGUGAAAAUGUUAACAAGUGGAGAGAUGAAUUAUUUUUAUAGUAAGAAUAUAAUAGUUUAACAUAAUAAUGAGAGUAUAAAUUUAUAAUUGAUGGCCACUCCAAAUAUGAUGAUGACACAUUAUUUAGACAAAAUAGAUUAUGAUUAAUAUAUUAAAUAAGAAUUAAGUGAGUUUUGA